AUGAUUCACGCUUAUUGGUGUCUUUAUGAGAUUGUCAGCGCAGAAAGGGACCAGCCUUCUUCCUUCGCGUCCCAUUUUUCCUCCUGUUCCUCGUGGCUCACCCUGGUUUCACCACCACCACCAGCCCCAACCCCAACUACACCGCCACCCCGACCACCGCGCGGGAAGAGAGAGAAUGAGAAAGAACACCCCCACAAUGGCGACCAUGGCCCAGCUGGCGCCCCAGCGAUUAAUCUGGGCGGAGCAGGAAGGGACCCAGGUGUCCCCAACGAAGCAGGCCCCAUCGGAAUAGGGCCCUACCUGACUGGCCACCACAGACCAGGCCCUUAUGUGGUUGGCCAUUACGGGCCAGCUCCUUAUGGGAUUGGCCCAUAUUGGUUUGGUCAUGUGGUGCCAGGCCCUAUUCCGAGCAGCAUGCCACACCCCGUCAUGGAACCUCCAAGGGUCAAAAAAAAUAUUGCCUUCGAAUGA